GUGGUCCAUAGUUGUAUGAUUUAAUAGAAGUCUACAAGGCAAGUGUCAUUUUCACUUUCCAGAAAUUGGACUACAUAGUCAAAGUCUCAAUUUCAGUGUAACUCCAAAUCCCACAUACUUGUUCUAUAAAUAAUUAUCAUUCUUUACAAAACAAAUUAAAUUAAACUUCUUCAACCCUCAUUAUCCAUCACCUAAAAUGGAGAAUUCUUGGGUUUUUCUAGCCUUGGCAGGGCUAUCUGCAUUAGCUUUUCUCUGUAAAAUAAUCACCUGUCGAAGACCGGUUAACCGGAAAAUACCACCAGGUCCAAAACCAUGGCCCAUCAUUGGCAAUUUGAACCUACUUGGUCCUAUACCACAUCAAUCUUUUGACUUGCUUUCCAAAAAAUAUGGAGAGUUGAUGCUGCUGAAAUUUGGCUCCAGGCCAGUUCUUGUUGCUUCAUCUGCUGAAAUGGCAAAACAGUUUUUAAAAGUACAUGAUGCUAAUUUCGCCUCCCGUCCUAUGCUAGCUGGUGGAAAGUAUACAAGCUAUAACUAUUGUGACAUGACAUGGGCACCCUAUGGUCCCUAUUGGCGCCAAGCACGACGAAUUUACCUUAACCAGAUAUUUACUCCGAAAAGGCUAGACUCGUUCGAGUACAUUCGUGUUGAAGAAAGGCAGGCCUUGAUUUCCCAGCUGAAUUCCCUUGCUGGAAAGCCAUUUUUUCUCAAAGACCAUUUGUCGCGAUUUAGCCUCUGCAGCAUGACAAGGAUGGUUUUGAGCAACAAGUAUUUUGGUGAAUCAACAGUUAGAGUAGAAGAUUUGCAGUACCUGGUAGAUCAAUGGUUCUUACUUAAUGGUGCUUUCAACAUUGGAGAUUGGAUUCCAUGGCUCAGCUUCUUGGACCUACAAGGCUAUGUGAAACAAAUGAAGGCUUUGAAAAGAACUUUUGAUAAGUUCCACAACAUUGUGCUAGAUGAUCACAGGGCUAAGAAGAAUGCAGAGAAGAACUUUGUCCCAAAAGACAUGGUUGAUGUCUUGUUGAAGAUGGCUGAAGAUCCUAAUCUGGAAGUCAAACUCACUAAUGACUGUGUCAAAGGGUUAAUGCAGGAUUUACUAACUGGAGGAACAGAUAGCUUAACAGCAGCAGUGCAAUGGGCAUUUCAAGAACUUCUUAGACAGCCAAGGGUUAUUGAGAAGGCAACCGAAGAGCUUGACCGGAUUGUCGGGAAAGAGAGAUGGGUAGAAGAGAAAGAUUGCUCGCAGCUAUCUUACGUUGAAGCAAUCCUCAAGGAAACACUAAGGUUACAUCCUCUAGGAACUAUGCUAGCACCGCAUUGUGCUAUAGAAGAUUGUAACGUGGCUGGUUAUGACAUACAGAAAGGAACGACCGUUCUGGUGAAUGUUUGGACCAUUGGAAGGGACCCAAAAUACUGGGAUAGAGCACAAGAGUUUCUCCCCGAGAGAUUCUUAGAGAACGACAUUGAUAUGGACGGACAUAACUUUGCUUUCUUGCCAUUUGGCUCGGGGCGAAGGAGGUGCCCUGGCUAUAGCCUUGGACUUAAGGUUAUCCGAGUAACAUUAGCCAACAUGUUGCAUGGAUUCAACUGGAAAUUACCUGAAGGUAUGAAGCCAGAAGAUAUAAGUGUGGAAGAACAUUAUGGGCUCACUACACAUCCUAAGUUUCCUGUUCCUGUGAUCUUGGAAUCUAGACUUUCUUCAGAUCUCUAUUCCCCCAUCACUUAAUCCUAAGUGCUUCCUAUUAUAGCAUCAUAUCAAUAUCCCUCUAAUAAAUAGAGGAUAGUUGUCAUAGGAAGGAACCUAUGCCUAAAGUUUUGGAUUACUACUAAAACUGAACAACUUUUAGGUUUUUGUCUAUUCUGUUCCCUAAACAAAAGAAGACAUCUAUCAAUAAAAUAGCUCUUAUAUCUAA